AUGGCUGAACCUGCUACAAUUGACAAGCCACCAUUGGCUGAACAUCUUCAUACAAAGGUGCCAAGCCACGAUGGACCAAGUGAUCUACCAACCCGGGAGCAGCUGCCAACUUAUAAGCUAGAACCUGUCUGCAUAGAGGAAGAGGAAAGCCCAACAGCAGUGUUGCCAGUCUGCCCGAGCAAACGUAGCAAGGGCAAAGAAUCCUCCAGCAGUAGCACAGUCUACAGCUUGGGUGCAAACCAGUGCUUUCACUGCCUGAUCACAUUCCCAGAUGAGAAGUUCAAGGAACGGCACAUGAAGAGAGAACACCCAGAGGACUUCGUUCAGGCCAACUUGCGUGAUGCUCUCUUUGUCUGCUUUAUUUGCAACAAGGGCUUCGAGAGUUCACGUGCGCUCAUCUGCCACCAGCGUGGCCACGCGCCCACCCCGCCCUCUGACUGCACGGACUGCUUACGCCCUACAUUUGACUGCCCUGACUGUGGCCGGCGCUUUGGCCAAUUGGCCAACUACCAGCGUCACCGCCUGGGCCAUGCUGCUGGCCACAGCCUGCCACACCAGUGCCCAGACUGUGGCAAGAGCUUCCGUCAGCUUUCGAACCUGCGUCGGCACCAAGCCUUCCACCAGCAGACACAGGAGUUGCUCCCCUCCCAUCCCUAUUCCUGCAUGGAGUGCGGGGAGAGCUUUAAUCAAGAGGCAGGGCUUCACGAACACUACAUCCGCCACGCCCGGGGGGAGCUCUAGCAAGAUGUGUGGAUAUGUGCCUCAGUUUCCUGGGUCUGGAUGGAGGCAUGAAGACAAUCUGCAUUGCUGCUUGAAGAGCAAAA